AUGGAAGUAGACACAAAAAUAAAUAAAGUUUUUGAAUGUAUUGUUUGUGAAUCUCAAUUUUGUCGGAUUUGUAAAAGAGACUGGGACGAUCACUUUGGUAUUAGUUGUGAGGAAAUGGAUGAGAGGGAUAAAAGAGGACAAUUUAUAAAUCAAGUUUUUGAGUGCCUUGUGUGUUAUGAGGAAGUUGAACUUAAUCGUGUUGUUUUUUGUAAUAUUCAUGUUAGCGCUACAGGUAAAAAUUUAUGGCGGAUAUUAGAUACUGAGAGAAAAUAA